AUGGAAAACGAAGGAAAGUUCGUCCGAGCCGGAGAUAGUUCGGAUAGUGAGCAUGAUGAGCCGCACAACAUCGAUAGUUCAGUGUAUUCGGAUGACCGGAGUCAGGAACCGAGCGGAAGUGAAGCAGGCUGCGGAAGUGAAGCAGGCUGCGAAAGCGAUCAGGAGCAUGACGAAAGCGCUGGUUCGAUCACGUCGGACACUCCAGAUUCUCCAAGUACGCCGAGCGAAAAUGAUGAAUGCGUUGAUCAGGUAAGCUCGGUAAACAACGGGACACCACCGGAGGAACCGAAAGGAACAAGGAAGGAAUCCGAGACUGUUGAGAAGAUCGAACGCUUGGAGAAGGUCAUAGCGGAGUUGACGAAAACGUUGAGCACGUACGAACGACCGGGUAACAGGACGCGUCCCGUUGUUGACGAAAAUUGGAGCGUCCCCCACGAUUCGAGUGACCGCCCAGACGGCAUUCAAGCCACUGUGAGAUGGGACCAUAUCAGACCUUUCCCGAGCGGUAUUCCCGCGAACAAAAUGUGGGAGGAAUGGAACCGCUUUAUAGAGAAUUUUGAAAUAGCAGCCUCCCUGGGAAACGCUGUCAAUGCCGCACAACGAUCGAAACUUCUCUUCCUUUGCUUGGGUCCAGAGCUUCAGGGCAUUGCAAGAGCUGCCAAGCUGCGACCGAGCCUGGCAGAGCCCGACUGCUAUUCAGCGUUCGUGAACAAUAUCCAACGGUACCUACAGUCCAUGACGGAUACAGCAGCGGAGCACGAGGCGUUCGCCGGAAUGAUGCAAGGUCCUGGAGAAUCCGCGAUAGCAUUCCACGCCAGACUUCAAGAGAAGGUUAGAUUAUGCGGCUACAGUCCCACUGACCAAGAGCGUUUCGUCAGAGCCCAAUUGCUGAAAGGACUUCGAAACAGGGAUCUCACCAAAGCAGCGAGGAUUUACAACUACGACGUGAAUUUCAUCGUCCAAUCAGCGACGAGAGAAGAGGCUUAUGAAGCGGAAACGGCGCAGCCUAGUGGUUCCGACAUUUCCGCAGUUCGUCGGGGAAAUUGGAAACAGCCCACCGAAAUGCAUCGAAAGCGCGGGAGAGAGGAUGGUCGAGAUGAUAUACGUCAGCCAAAGCGAUACCGCAGCUCCGACAAGCGGUCUGAUGGACGUCGCUAUCGUUGUUCCCGUUGCAACCGUCCCUCACACAGGAGUGGCACUACUUGCCCAGCGCUUGACAAGAACUGCAACGGAUGCGGCGAGCGGGGACACUUCAUUGCGACGUGCCGCAAGCGACGCGUGAACAACGUGCAACGUGAUACGGAUCGAAUCAACCCUCCUGGUUGGACUGAUGAUGAUGAGGAAGAAAAAAAGCAAGUAAAUGCACUGUCCCUUAGCGACGUGUUGGUUGAUUGUAGCGUGGGGUCAUCAAGUUCAAUAACGUUCUUGAUUGACUCCGGGGCCGAUGUGAACGUCAUCGGAGGUAACGACUGGAAGCUCCUAAAAAGAGAAUUUCAUCAAGGACGGGCUGAACUCCAGCCGGUUCAGCCGUCAAUAGACAAUGGGUUACACGCUUACGGGUCAAAACAACCAAUGACCAUCAAUGCUGCGUUCAGAGCUAACAUUAUUGUACCUGGAACUUCGAAACCCCCAGUUGAAGCAUUAUUUUACGUUGCGAGCCAAGGGCGACGAUCGUUACUCGGCCGGUCAACGGCUAGCGACAUGAGCUUGCUGCAUAUAGAAGUGGCGAUCAAUAGUUGCGAGAACUCGGAUAACACUCAAGAGUUCCCCAAAAUGCCGGGAAUCAAAAUCAAGUUUAGCGUAGACAGGAGCGUUGUUCCAGUAAAAAACGCAUAUUACAACGUUCCCGCAGCCUUCAGAGAGGGUGCGCGAAACAGACUGCAGGAGAUGGAAACCCAAGGUAUAAUAGAGCGAGUCACGAAGGCUCCGGAGUGGAUAAGCGGCAUGUCUGCGGUCGCCAAAGGCAAAGACGACUUCCGGUUGGUCGUCAACAUGAGGGGACCUAACAAGGCGAUCAACCGGGAGUACUACCGCCUACCACUGAUCGACGAAAUGAAAGUAAAACUUCAUGGGGCUCGAUACUUCUCCAAGCUCGACCUGAGCAAUGCAUACUACCAUCUGGAACUGUGUAGUGAGUCUCGCGAUCUCACAACCUUUCUAACCGAAACGGGGAUGUUCCGUUUCACAAGGUUGAUGUUUGGCGUUAACUGUGCGCCAGAGAUAUUCCAACGCGAGAUGGCCCGUAUCUUGGAAGGCGUGGAAAACGUGAUAGUAUAUAUCGAUGAUAUAUUGGUACACGCAGCAACCUUGGAAGAACUCCGUGCAACAGUAGCACAAGUGUUGCGGAUAUUGAGAGCAAACAAUCUAACAAUCAACACGAAGAAAUGUGAAUUCGAUAAGAUUCGCAUCAAAUUCCUUGGCCACGAACUAGACAAAAGCGGCUUUCACAUCGAAGAAGCUAAGGUGAAGAGCAUUCAGUGUUUCAGAGAACCGGCAACCAUCUCAGAACUCCGGAGUUUCUUGGGUCUCGCUUCGUUUGUCAGUCCCCAUGUCCAAAAUUUUGCCGACAUAACUAGCCCACUAUGGUCCGCAACAACCCAGUGGAGCUGGGGACCUCAGCAAAAAGAAGCCUUCAAGUUAGUCAAGGAACGGAUUAUACAAUGCACCAUAGCACAAGGUUUCUUUUCCGAAGAUGACAGGACAAUUUUAUUCACGGACGCCUCACCGAUAGCACUAGGUGCUGUUCUAGUACAAGAGGACAAGGAUCAGACUCUCAGAAUAAUCUCAUUCGCCUCCAAAGCCCUUACGGUGACCGAAAGGAAAUAUCCACAGAACCAACGGGAAGCGUUGGCGGCCGUCUGGGCUGUGGAACAUUUUUCCUAUUUUCUACUGGGCAGACGUUUCACGCUCCGCACGGAUGCUCAGGGAGUAACAUUUAUCUUAAACCGUGCUCGGGAAGAAUCAAAGAGAGCCCUCACGCGGGCAGAUGGCUGGGCUCUUCGGCUCAGUCCGUAUGAUUACGACGUAGAAUAUGUCCGCGGUAGGGACAACAUCGCGGACUCAUCGUCAAGGCUCUACAGCGGAAAUGAUCACCCAUUUGAAGAAGAAACCAGCCCCUGGGAAAUAGCUUCGCUCGAGGCAAACGCGGUUGAUUUUCUGACAAAUGAAGAGAUAACAGAAGCUACUGCCAGAGACGAGACACUACAAUCGGUAAUGCAAUCUUUACAGACCGGAGAAUGGCCUGAACAUCUUCGUAAGUUUAAAACACUUGAAAGCGAUCUGACUACUCGAGAUGGUAUCGUUGUGAAAACCGGUUGCGUGGUAGUUCCCGAACAUCUCCACAAGAGAGCUCUGGAAAUCGCACACGCAGGUCACCCAUCGGCGGCAAAAAUGAAAUCCAUUUUACGUCAACGCGUGUGGUGGCCUGGUAUGGCCACAGACGCUGAAAAGUGGGUAAAUGCUUGCGUUACCUGUGCUGUAAACGGUCGACCGGAGAAAACCACUCCAAUGAGACGUACCUUCGCUCACAAGGCCGUUUGGGAAACCAUCGCAUUAGAUUUUAAUGGCCCAUAUGUUCAGUUCGGUGGGAUAUCUAUCCUCGCUGUCGUUGACUACCGAUCGCGGUAUUUGAUCGCCAAGCCAGUGAAGUCGACGAGCUUCAUUCACACGAAGCCGAUACUGGAAAUGAUCUUCGAAAGGGAAGGUUUUCCGGCGAACGUUAAAACCGAUAACGGACCGCCCUUCAACGGACACGAAUACAAAAAUUAUUGUAUUGAACGAGGAAUUAACACCAUUUUCUCCACUCCGCUAUUCCCUCAGCAGAAUGGUCUCGUAGAGGGCUAUAUGAAGGUCAUCAACAAGGCGAUGUCCACUGCGUCUUCUAAUAAAACUAACUUCGUCGAAGACCUUCGCGCAGCUGUGGAUGCUCAUAACGCGGCCACUCACCGAGUAACGAGAAUAGCACCUGAAGAGGUCAUGACAGGCCGUAAAAUCAAACGUGGCCUUCCACUUUUGCGUCACGAGAGCAGCAAUGUUGAUGAUGAACUGUUGGAGCAACGGGAUCGAUCAGCUAAACUACUGGCCAAACAGCGUGAAGAUGCUCGGCGGGAUGCCCGGCCAUGUCGAGUUAAGCCUGGCGAUGAUGUCAUCGUUGAACGUUCGUCUCGGGCAAAAGGGGAGACUCGAUUUUCUCCAACGCGUUUUACGGUGGUCAAAGAACAGAACGGCAGCCUAACACUAACCAACGACGAAGGUCAAAUUCUUAAACGCCACGUAUCGCAAACCAGAAAGGUUCACCCGUGGCGCGACGACGACGAGAAAGCAGCAGAAAACCUAAAAUGUGAUCAGCCGGACCAACCGAUCAACAUGAGGAUGUGCAAGUUGAGGAUUAAGGGCCGUUUCUUCAACUACAGCAUCAUCAACGUGCACUGCCCACACGAAGUGAGACCCCACGACGAGAAAGAAGCGUUCUAUGCGCAGCUGGAGCGGGUGUACGCCGGCUGUUCGCAACGGGACGUCAAAAUCGUCAUCGGCGACACAUGA